AUGUCUGUUGCUUGUUUUGAUCUUUUUAACACAGAUGAUCACAUUGAUAGAGUCUACAAAGAAUUGAAGGAGGUGUGUUUCAUUUUUAUUAUAAUGUAUAUAAAUUGUUUUAUUACUCUAUGUGUUUGUACAAUCUCGGCUUUAAAUAGCUUGAUGCCCACAUUUACAGUGGCAAGUGGGCUGAUACAUUUUAACCUAAGUAGAUGCUGUCCUCAGUUAGUGAUUUGUAUAAAACACUGCACAGUGAAACUAUUCAUUCAUUCAUUUGUUUAUUCAUUUAUUUGCCUUUAACCACAUAUAAAUAAAACAACAAUAUACAAGAAAUUUGUAAUACACUUAAGAUAAUAUAAACUAUUCUAACUAAAUUAUUUACAAAAUUAGAUGUUUAAGGUGGUAAUGACAAGGAAGCCUGUAUAGAAUCUGGGGGCUUAUACACUAUACAAUGUAAGCUUCCUAUAACUAUAGGGUAUACCAUCCAUGUGAGUUAAAGGGAACCUCCACUUCAACAAAAAGAUAACUUUAAAUCACAGGAAAUAACUGUUACAGUCAAGUCAAUCUAAAAUAUUUUUAAAAAAGCGUUUGUAUCCGAAAGAAAUAACUUUUAGAUUCACCUAUUUUUGUUUUCAAAUUUUGCGGGCGUCGCCAUCUUGAAUAAUUGUGACGUGUUACGGUUGCCCUAUUGUUAUUAAACAAAAGCUCUUUGUGUCAGAACAAUAGAGCAACCAUAACACGUCACAGUUAUUCAAGAUGGCGGCGCCCGCAAAAUUUGAAAGUGAAAAUAAGCGAUUUUAAAAUUCACUUUUCCUGAUAUAAACGCUUUUUUAAGGACAAAUUUCAAACAAAUUUGUUUAUCAACAUAAUUUUAUUCGAUUUAAACUUAUUCUGUAGUAAGAGUGGAGGUUCCCUUUAAGGGUACUGAAUGAAAAAUGGAUUAUUUGUUAAAAGAAAAGAAAAUGAGUUUAUUUGACUAAGAAAGAAGGAAUUUUUUUAAGUCUAUUGCCAAAUAAACUGAUACUUUCACUGUUUUGAAUUUCACGACUUAGCGUCAGUUGAAAAACUUUGGACCUAUGACAAUAAAGGGCUUCUAGCAAAAACCCAAAAUGCCCUAGGCUGCAUGCAAACUGCAUGCAGGCAUGUGGAAAAAUGACUUUUCCACAUACAUCAAGGGAAAUAGAUGAUGUCUGCAUCAGGCUUAACACAUCCACACAGAAUUUUUUUUUGGAUGAUUUCUUUUACUUUUUUGAGAAAGUGUGGAACAACAGACCCGGAUUUUUUUUUUUCUAGUAAUAUCUGUACAUCAUCAAGAGAAAAUGCUAUGAGAAUUAAUAAAAUGAUCAGUUUACCAAAAGAAAUAAUUAAAUUCUCUUAACUAAUUCUUUAAGAAAAUGUAUGAAAAUCAGUAUGUGGAUAUGUGGGCUCAGAAGGGUUAAACGAACAGUGCUCCGGCCUCCACUGCUGAGAAUUGAAGGCUAAAAGUAGAAUUUCCCAGCAAAUAGUUUCUGCGAGAAGGCUGUAAUUGUAAUUUGUUUACCCACAGAGAGCACUUACUAGGAACUCUUAAGAACUCGUUGAAAUGUGUCGGUGCAUUCCAGAUCGAAUUGGAAUUUGGAAGUGUUGGUUUUUAAGGAGAGGGGAAAACCGGAGUACCCAGAGAAAAACCUCUCGAAGCAAGGGAGAGAACCAACAACAAACUCAACCCACAUAUGGCAUCAAUGGCAGGAUUUGAACCCAGGCCACGUUGGUGGGAGGCGAGUGCCCUCGCCACUACGCCACCCUUGCCACCCCCCCUUCCCCCCCUGUUAACUAAUAUCAUUGAGAAAAAAGGAUAUUAUCAAAAAUGCAAUUCAAAUGUUUUUGCAGUUAGUAGGCAUUUUUGUCCUUUGGGGAAUUACAUAACGUUUUUAGGGUAAAAAUGAUUGGACCCAUUUUUAUGCUAUUAGUCAGUCUUAAAUGUUUACAGGGAUGUUUACACUGUGUACAGCACUGUGCUACUGACAAAACGAGUUCAAGGUUUUUCUUCCCAUGGGCAAUUUACAGGCUAGUUACCGCAAAUGUGAAUUUAAAAAGACAAACUCAGGUCGCCCGACUCAAGCUGUUUUCCAAAGGGUAGCCAUGAAAUAGUCUAGUGUAACCACACUUCAUGUUAAAAAAUCUUAAAUAACACACUCUUGCUAUCAAAUCUUCGUAUUAACAAUAAUAGUGUACCACCUAGUUGAUUUCACUUUGGCACUUCCUGUGGAAACAGAAAAAGAGAUCCUGUGCUUUAGAUAGGAAGAUCAUCUAUUUCCACAAAAUGCCACUUGGCACUAAGGAGAGAGUAGGCUGAUUUAGCAACAGGACGGGAAUGUCAGUUGACGACGGGAAAGCGUGCAGAAAGGACUAAACACGACUUCCGGUGCUCAAUUUGCCUCUCUGCCAUUGGUCAAGCCAGUUGUUUGAUUCGCGUGCGCCAUUGUCAACUGACGUUCCCCUUCUGUUGCUAAAUCAGCCUAGUGCACGCUUUUUCAAGGACAUACAGGCUAAUCAGUUUUUUUUCCUUUCCAUGCAGCUGGGAUAUAAAGAUGGAGACCCCUUAAAAGUGGAGGAUGUUUGCAAGUUUGAUCAAAUGCAUUAUUAUGGCACACAAGCCAUUGAUGAAGCUGCGCAAGCAUUAGGAAUAAAGUAAUUAAUAAAUUAAACUGUAAUUCUCUUCAGAGCUAAUUAACCUUACAGUACUGUUCGCUAUUUUGCCACUUAACAUUUUAAAAGGCACAUGAAUAUAAAAUGCUGCUUAUCCAACUUGGUAUACGUAAGUGGCUUUAGGAGGGCUUAUGGAGGGGCUUAUAAUCCCAGGGAGCUUAUAAAAUUUGGAAUUAAAAAAAACGCUUCAAAACAAGCUAUAGUACGUACCAGAAAUCCUUUCUCAUUAGAACUAGUAGAAUUUGGAAUUGUUGAGCGGAUAAACUAGAUUUGAGCCCAUCAAUCUUAGCUUCCUUUAAAUCGGGUAUUUUUAAUUAUUAUAAGUCCGCGUUAGCUGUUUCCUAUGAUUGUGAAGACCCACGUUCAUUCAAGUCUAUCUGUAUAAAAUAUAAUAGUGCUCGUCCCUUGUCUCGUUUAAUAACUUGUUGUAUGUAGCAGUAGUUUUUCUUGUAUCGCUGUGUUUUUUGAUAUUUCUUUUUUUUAUUAUUUUUUUUAUUAGUAUCCGGGCCCACUGUGAUAAUUGGCCACAGCUGUUGCAGUGUCCCUGCCAACAUUCUUCUGUUUGUUUGUUUGUUUUUUUUUUUUCGCAAAGCUAAUAAAAUAAAAUAAGAUAAAAUAGUACACAUGUAGUACUGACCAAAAUACAUUAUUUUUGCAUCAAUCCAUUUUUAAUUAUCUUUCAAAAAAUAUUUACUAUAGUCAAAUUCAUUACAUAUGGAGGGGGCCCCCAUCAGCUGGCCUAAAAUCGAAUCAAUUUCUUUGUUCAUCAGGUAGAUGGGACUAUAAUUGGGGUGGGGGUGGGGGGGGGGGGUUAUAAGCAGCAGUUUACAGUCUAGUAACUUCUUGUGAUGUUUAAUUUUAAAUGCUCAACCUACUUAUGAAAUGACGUUUGAACCUAGUCAAUGUUGGUGGGUGACAGGGGCUCUCACCAUGGCAACACAACACCUGCUCAGUACCAGAACUCGCACUGCUGUUGUUACUUAAGCUCCUUUAUUUUCAAGCUGCCUGUAACCUGCCUAAUCAAGAGUCUUAUUUUCUGGUAUCUGAGCGACCAAAAGAGCCUUGCGACUAGAUGUAAUUUGCAACACCAAUAACAUUUAUUUUAUUAUCCUUUUAAGCUCAAACCACCAUGUUCUUGACAUAGGCUCAGGGCUCGGGGGUCCUGCGCGCUACCUAGCUCAUAAAACAGGCUGCCUCGUCACAGCAAUUGAGCUUCAAGAUGAUCUUCACAAAGAAGCUGAAAAUCUCACUCAGAGAUGUAACCUACAGCAGAAGUUAAAGCAUAUCACAGGAGAUUUCCUUCAAAUGGAUUUGGGUGGGUAUAUCUAUCAAGCGAGAGUUUUAUCUGCUGAUAUCUCAACGUGCCCUUGAAUACCCUACCCAUCUAACUUCCCUUGAGUCUUCCAGUCUUUCCGUGAGAGUUAUAUCUAGAUGAGUUAUUUAUCUCAGACCGAUUAUGUGUCUCUGGUACAAGUUUGGCCAUUUAGCAGGAGGUGAUGGCUUAGUUUAGACUGUGAAAAAAGUUCCUCAUCCUCAGCACUACAGUUUACAAUGAGACUCACUCCCUGUAACCCACUUCUUGAGUACACCUUUCAUAUGUUAUAUUGACAUCAUCCUACAUGUUUAAGCUGCAUACUGAUGACAAAACACUUCCCAGAUCUGGGCAGUGCUUCUGAUAAGAUGAAGUAAUUUUUUAACCAAUCAGAAGCUCUACCCAGAUCUGGGCAGUGACACAUCAUCAGUAUUGAAUUUCUGUACUCGUUCCUCAGAUGUCAUUUCGGGGAGAAACCAGUGAUGGCAUCGCAAUAUCAGCUGUUUUGUCAGACUAAAUUGAUUUAGAAUUGGCUUGAAUAGUUUCUUGGAAAGGUAGAAUUAAUUUAUGGUAGAAGAUCUGGAGAACCCGGUAGAUUGUUUAAUAAACCAGGUUAGCCAUUGAGAGAAAACAAUGAAUGGUUAGUAAUGAUUCAAGGCAAGAGCUGGGAACAAUCCAUUUUAAAGUCGAAAUGUAAGUCAUUGUGUUUUUGUUCUAACUGUUCAAACAUGAUAUAUGUACCUCUACAUGUCAUUCCGUUUUACUUUCAGGAGAUGGAAAAUUUGAUUUUCUUGUUUCAUGGCUGGUGUUUCUGCAUAUUGAAGAUAAAAAUACAUUGCUAGAACGAUGUUUUAAUUCCUUGAAGCCUGGUGGAAAAAUGUAAGAUUUCCUGAAUUUGUUUGUUUCUCUGUUGUCUCUUCUUGCCAUUAUGUUUUGUUAGUUGCCGAGAAAUGUAUUCCUUAAAUUAAGAGGAUUGACUCAAUAGAAUUUGCCCUUUUAAAGGAGAUCAAGGAUAUCAGCCCCAAGGGUCAUGCGUUCUUUUACCUCCAUGGCUUUGGAGGUAUUUCAGUUCCUCACCAUUGUUUCAGAUUUCAAAAAGAUGUAGGGACUCUGGGACAGGUCCUCUGUUUACUUCCAUGGUUUUAGACCUACAAUAAGGAACAUUUUGCAUUUCAAGGUAAAGAUAAAACAUCAUUUUGCCAACAAGUUUUAGGGAGUUAUAGGGGCUGUUUCCAUGGAUACCAGUACAGAGUGGUAUUACUUUCACACCUUGGUACCACAUAUAAAACUACAUUUGUUCCAUAAUUCACACUAAAAGACAAUUUCAGCUAGUGAAGUAUGUCAUAAUUUUUUUUAUAGGUCAUCGAUGAGCAAAUUUUGAACUUUCGAAAAAGCCGUCUAUUUUUUCCAAUACCGCUUCCUUAAAUUUUGCAAGUCUCAAUGAAAAUCGUAAAGAAAGCUCCAUAAAAUCGCCACCAGUUUACACCAGUGAUUUUUUAAAAUCCCAAAAUAGCAGCUCUUGAUCUUGCACAACAAAAUGGCCCAUAAGCAAGCCUAAAAUGAGUCUUAAAGUGUUUAACUCUGGACUUGUACUUUGUUUUGUUUUAGUUUUAUUGAAGACUUUUUCCAGCUGAAGGGUGUGACUUUAAGUGAAGAGGACAAAAGAACAUAUAAUCAUGACUUAUAUAUGAACAAUCUUCCCGAAAAAGAUGUUUAUAUUAACCUUCUGAAGGCUGCAGGUUUCUCGGAUAUUCAGGUUGGUCUCACAAAAAAGUUUCUAUUUGAGUAAUAGUGAAUUUACACAACCGGAUGGUAAAGGAAAGAAGUCGGCAAUACGUUGACCCAGACUUAACCUUCGUUUAAACAGACGUUUUUGCAAAAGACCAGGAAACAUUAAUGUUAAGUGAAGGUCAUGGACCAAAACAUGCAAGUCAUAGCCCUGUCACGUUUGUCACACACUUGUGUAAAUGUCUAGUUUCUGCCAAUCUGUUGUGUUAACUCACUAAUAAUGCUAAUAGGACUGAGUGAGGUCAAAUUCAGUCUGUAAUGACACAUUCAGUACAGGGGCAUGAUCCACUCAACCAAUUUUUCCGGAAAUUUCAGUCCAAAACUCAAUGGAUCAGUUCGGUCCAACCAGAAAAGUUUUGAAGAAACAAAAUGUGGACCACUUUUCUCGGUCGGACCAGUCUGAUCGAAAAAUGACUGUUCCAUUCAACCAUUCUGACUCCUUCUUAUUCCCAGUGCCUCAUGGUUCGGUACAUCCUGAGUCAGUUUACCCAGCUGUUAUGGGGAGGUAGGGAGGACAAUAUGUUUAGUGUGUUAAUUUCAUGCUAUGUGUAUCCCAUGAUGGUAAUCUAGGUUGGUUACUAUUCACACAAACCAUCCGCAUGGGAGAACGUACCUUUACAAAGUAGUAUCCAAAUCAACUGAACAGACUAAAAUGAGUAGAAAAAUUGCAUUGUCUAAAAUCACAGCCUAUUUUUGCUUAAGCUUCUCAAACGGAAUGGGGCAAACCAUUUGAUUUUCCAACCAGAAUGCCCGGUUUUUCCACGUAAAUAGUAAGUAGCCUAAUCCCUGUUAUAGUUAUAAUGUAUAGAUAAAUAUACACAAAAUAAUUGAAUAAUGUUUCUGCAGUAGUAAAAGUGGAACGCAAUCCAAAUACAAGUCCCUUACGGAUGAAUGUGAAUAACCAUUCUUGAAUGUUUCAUCAGUCGCUAAGUCACUGUGGGGAGGUUAUUCUGACAGUUGGGGAUGGGCCUUAGUGGCUGUUGCCAAGUAGGGAUGUUUAAACAAAAUUCAAUGUAUGGACUGUCUGCAGUCCGACAAAAUAGUGGUCGUUUGUGGAGGUGGCUGUUCGUGGAGGUUCUACUGUAUGCUCAAACUUUUUUUUGUUUAUACUCAGUUUGAAGAUCAAACCGCAAUGUUCCUGUCCUUCGUUUCAAAACGACACGUGGAUUUCAGCGAAAAAAAAGAUCGUCAUGUUCGAGUCAUUGGCCAAGAUGCAUUUGAUAGUUUGCAGUAUUUCUACACAGCGGUGAAAAGUGUAUUUGAGAAAGGACUCACUGGGGGAUGUCGCAUUAUAGCAACCAAACCAGCACUGAAUUAACUAAAGGACAUUAUCAUCAGUUAUGGACACUAUAAAGUGAUUUCGUUGAAAGUAAUUAAGGUGAUUAUAUUUUAAUGUGAUUUCUGACUGUCCUGGUAAGUUAAAGAUUUUACUGUAUGUUGUUUAUUCGUCUCCCAGCCUGAGAUGCAUAAACUUUAUAAACCGUUUAAGCCACAACAUCCACAUACAAAUUCUCUAUACAUUUCCUCAUAGAAUAUGUUAAGAGAAUUUGAUAAAAGAGGCAUUUCGUCUUUGGUGAUCAUUUUAUUGAUUCUGAUAACCUAAUCUGUUGACACUGUAUGGAUAUCGUUAGGAGAAAAUUGAUGUUGGUCACCAUUGGGACUUAAAGCGUUAAAGUCCCCUAACGGCAGUGUUCACGCUAGGUGUCCUCACAUGAGACCUGAGAACUUUGUUCCUGGACUCUUAUGUGAAUGCACCUUCUUUUUUCAAGUAGACCCAUACCCGAAUUCGGCCAUGGUCCCAGUGACUUUGUACUUUGUUUUCACUGUGGCAAAAAAUUAGAAUAUACAUAUAAUAUGUAAUACAUGCAAAAAUCUUGAAGCUUCAAACUUGAUACCAGUAUAGUUUCUGGAUCCUGGAUCUGAAAUAAUGGUCUCAGUAAGACUGUUAUGCAUGAGGUUCGUUUUCACAAUCCUUAGCAGUCAGUUCCCUCAAAACACAAAUAUAGAAAUUCAUGAAAGACAUUCUCAAAUAUUCAGGAACUGAAGUACGCCCGAAAACGUUUGUAUGCUUUGAUAAGUUCAAAACGAUUGCAAAGUAUGUAAAGAACCUAUUCACAAUACCCUGG